GUCGGCGCCCUGCGGCUGUGCGGAGGUCACGUGAAGGGCAAAUAUGGCGGCGCCCACAGGAUCCCCACCCACGUUGCGGUGAGCUUGAGCUGUAGUAGCGGCUGCUCCGCGACUUCUCCACCGCCGGAUCGGAGCACCAGUUUUACUCGGGCGUCAGACCCCUAAGUCUUUCCUGGUGAGACCCUUCAUGUGCUCAUCUCCUAUGAGUAGUGUCUCUUUAGUUAACUUCUUCACUUAGAUCGACACAAGUCCCGCAAGAGGAUUUGGCUCGUGAUGCAUUCAGACAGUAAAUUUCCCCGCCUCCUGAGGACAGCUUUAGCUGUGCACCCAAAAUUUUGGCCUCAAAAUGGAACAUAAUCAAGAGAAUACAGACAGAAGAUUAAGAAUCAAUGAAAUUAUAGCCAGAAAACUGAAACAACUUCCAGAAUCGGAUCAGAACUUACUUAUGACUGGAGCAGCAUAUGUUGGAGUAAAUGCAGCUUUUUGCGGCCUAACAGCAAAUAGUUUUUUCCGACGCAUCUUAAAUGUGACACAGGCUCGCAUAUCGUCAGCUUUACCAAUGGCUGUUCUCCCCUUUGUGUCAACCUACGUAAUUUACAAAACUGUUGUGAGUUUACCUUUGAGUUCAGGUGAAUUAAACUGUGAAGCCUGUACUGUAAUAAGAGGUGGAUUGGUUGGUCUGAUAAUCGGUGGUCUUCACCCUGUUCUUUUGGCUAUACCAAUAAAUGGUGCCCUAGCAGCCAGGUACAACUCAGCUCCACUACCAGAGAGAGGAAAUAUUUGGACCUACUGGAUCAGAGUCUCUCGACCUGUCUUUAGAAAAAUGGUCUUUCCCAUAAUGCUGCAGACUGCACUUGCAGCUUAUCUUGGAUCUAAACAGUUUGAAAUAGUCAUUAAAGCAUUUGAAUUACCUGAACCUGGCUUUCAAUUCGAGGAUAUUCAAAGUAAAUCAAGCACACAGCUAAAAGAAUAAAAUUAUGUAAAAAUAAGAAACUAACUCAACAAAUAUACAAAUAAAAUUGUACUUAUUGCAAUUUUACAAA